AAAAUUCGGAAAUACAACGGAAACCUUUGUCGGAGGACUGUCCUCUGUUUUGUAAAUCGUUCAUGUUCAUGUUCCCCAUUGUAUUAUAGAUUUCGUUGCUAUGCCUGCAAUUCCAAGAAGGAACCACCAAAGUUCCGACGGGAUCGUGGACCCUUCCUCUCCCAGCUGGACUACCAAUCACGUCUUCAGUUCGAAACUCCAGCUCUGAAGGUACCCCUGACGAGUAUAAUAUGCACCAUUGGACCCUCAUCUAACUGUCCGGAAGUUCUCCUGGAACUCAUCCGUGCAGGUAUGAGGGUAGUCCGUAUCAACUUCUCUCACGGAAACCAUGAUUGUCAUUGCCAGUAUAUUCAGGCGGCACGUAAAGCCAUCUCUAUGUAUGUUGAGCAAACGGGUCUGCCCAGGACUUUGGCCAUAGCUUUGGACACUAAAGGUCCGGAAAUCAGAACGGGGAAGAUCUCCGGUGAUUGUGACAUCCAACUUCAGGAAGGUGACCAAGUCAUUUUGAGCACCAAAAAAGAGCUGAGGGAGAACUGCACCAAGGAGAAGGUCUACGUAGAUAAUCAGCAACUACCUGGCAUUAUUAAGCCAGGAAAUCAAAUCUUUCUGGAUGAGGGUUUAAUUUCCUUGGUGGUCCAUGAAUCCAAAGGCGAGGAGGUGAUCUGUGAGGUACAAAGUGGUGGAGAACUAGGCUCCCACAAGGAUGUCAAUCUACCGGGUACCACGAUAGAUCUUCCCUCCAUUACUGAACAGGAUAAGUUAGACCUCAAGUUCGGAGCGGAACAGAAAGUGGAUAUGAUCUUCGCGUCAUUCAUCCGCGAUGCCAAGGCUGCGAACGAGGUCCGCCAGGCACUAGGAUCGUCGGGUGAUCACAUCAAGAUCAUCUCAAAAAUCGAAAAUCAAAAGGGUCUUGCCAAUAUAGACGAGAUAAUCCGCGAAUCCGAUGGCAUAAUGAUAGCUCGCGGCAAUAUGGGCAUCGAUAUGCCAAUAGAGGAUGUGCCUCUUGCCCAGAAAACCAUCGUGGCCAAAUGCAACAAAGUGGGAAAACCGGUAAUCUGUGCCGCCCACAUGAUGGAUUCGAUGAGGAACAAGCCGAGACCGUCACGUGCCGAAGUCUCGGAUGUGGCCAAUGCAAUCUUGGAUGGAUUUGAUGCCGUUAUGUUGUCCGACGAAACUGCCAAUGGCAAGUAUCCGGUGGAUUGUGUAAAGUCUAUGGCCAGGAUCUGUUCCAAAGUAGAGUCGGUUUUAUGGUAUGAAAGACUCCAGUUCAGCCUCAAGAAUGAAAUUCGGUCCUGUCCAGAUUACAUUUCAUCGGUAACCUCGGCGAUUGCGGAGACAGCCACGGUUAUCCGAGCCCAGGCCAUAGUGGUGGCUUGCCCGUGUUCCAUAAUUGCCCUGAUGAUCAGUAAUAUGAGACCACCCUGUCCCAUUGUGAUGCUCAGUGGCUGUCAAUCCGAGUCCGCCCAAUCCCUGAUCUCUCGAGGGGUUCACCCAAUCCUGGUUGAGGAAAUGGUUAACGGCAGCUUGAACUUUCGUUGCAUCAUGCAAUCUGGCCUAAAGCUAAUGAGCAAAUUGGACAUCCUAGAACCCGGUGAACAGGGAACGGUGGUACUAGUCAAUGCCAUGUCGGCAGAAAACAUAACCUUCCGGCUAGAUUCCUAUCGACAACAGACUAAAGCUGAGCGAGAUGAAGAGGAACGCUGUCGGAAAUUGGCCUUUGAGCAGCGGUGCAAGGAGAAAGCUCAAAAAGAGUCUUGCCAAGAGCCCAAAGAGCCGGAAGAAUGUGUGAAGAAGUGUGAGCCUACCGUAAAAUGUUCCAAGCCGGAAGAAAAACCAAAAGUCUGCCCUAAGAAAGAAUGUCUCAAAAAGCACAAUAAAGAAUCAAACUGCUUGAAAGUUAUAGAAGAAAGCCGUGCUCGAGAAGAAGCUAAGAAGAAACGAAGAGACGCAUCUAAAAACGCAAAAUCCUUUCCGACAAACUGCAUGAAAUCCAUGGAAAAUAAAUGUCCUAAAAAGGAGGAAGAAGCCUCAAAAUGCUCGCGGCUUGAAAACCAAAAACAAACCAAAGCUGAAAAUAAAUGUGAAAAACAAUCUGAAAUACCGGAAGACAGCUGUGAAAAGUGCGAGAUGGAAGAAAAGACCAUUGCCUGCCCAAAGAAAGAAUGUCCUACACAGGACACUGAAUCCUUGAUAUGCCUAAAGCUGAAAAAAGAAAGGCAAGCGCAACAGGAAGCUGAACGGAAGCGGAGAGAAAAAUCUAGAAAGAGAGAAGAGACCCUUAGAAACCGCCAGGCGAAAGAACGGAAACUAGCAGAAAAGUGUAUGAAACCGAAAAAAAAGAAAUGUCCCAAAAAGGACGAGGAGGAUGAGGUCUCAAAGUGCUUGAAUCUAAAUGUACAAGCACAGAAGAAACAGAAAGCUGAGAAGGACCAAAAGUGUGAGUCUGAAAGUGCAAAAAAUAGCUGUGCGGAAAAAGAAAAGCCAAGUGUUGGCCCAAAGAGAGAAUGUCCUAAGGACAUUUUAGCCUUGAAAUGCUUGCAGCUAAAAUGUGAAAGAGAGGCGAAACUAAAAGCUGAAAAGAAACGAAUAGAAGAAUCUAAAAAGUGUCAGAAAAAUAAAAACACGAAGAAGUGCAUUUUAACUGAAGUCCGUGUAAAAUCGGGAGAAAACCCAAUUGUCUAUCCGAAGUGGGAAUGUCCCAAGAAAGACAACAAAGCUGAGUUAGCCGCUAGGAAGAAACAGAGAGAAGAAUGUGCAAGACCCUGCGAAGUGAAACGCAAAGAAUGCAAGACCCUAAAAUUGGAAAACUGCAAGCUAAGAAAACCCGAAAAGACACUAAAACUGGUGAACUGCAAGCAGCUGUGUAAAAAUACUAAAAAGGUGUGUUUAAAGUACGAUGUGAGUAAGAAGAUACAAUUGUAUCUAUGUCAAGGAUAGAAUCAUUGCCGUAAGAACAUUCUCUAUUGAUUUAUCAGAUAUUUAUUAAGGCGUGUUCGAAACAUUAAUCAUACAUAAAAAAGUGAAGGGGGUUAAAAAGUGAGUUUAGUUUAAUUUUAGAAAAUUCAUUAGGCUUAAGAGCUAAAAAUAUAAUCAUAGUGUUUAAUAGAGAAUAGUAAAAAUCUCGAAAGCCAUAGGAAAACGUUUCCCAUUAGUUUUGCUCUCCAUUUUGUUUCUCUCUGCUCUUUUUUUUUUAUUUCCAGAUAAAGCAAUUAGCAAACGAAAAGAAAACAAAAGUCCAAACCCAAAUGGAAAAAUAAAAAUAAAACAGCAAAAAAAGAAAGGCAACCAAUGGGGUUGAGAACUUAAUUAGCUAACAUACGUUAAAGUUCUGUUUUUGUUUUUUAAUUUAACUGGAAAUAUGAAAUAAACAAAGCUUUUGACGACAAAUUUCACCAAGCACAAUAAAAUAGAGGUUUAAAAAAGAGACUUAAAUCAAACAAUAACAUAGGAAAAAGCAUACAAAACGCAGCCAAAAAACAAUUAAAAAUGCCAACAGAGCAGUGCAAAAGUCAAUCAAAGAAGCCAAAGGCACACAGAUACUAUAUACUAGUACCCAUACAAAGUGGGAAUACAAUAAUAAUUGCUAUAUGGCAAACCGACUUAGUUCGGGGGAAGUUAAACUGAAAAACCCGCAUGGAAAUGCCUGAAGUUGUAUAAUAUAUAUAUGCAGAGAUACUCGUAUAUAGCUACCCAGAGAGGGGUGUGCUUUCAAGCGAGUCAAGACCGUGCAUAAUCAAUCCGAAAUGAAUGACACAAGUGAGUCAAGUAGAACUCUACGGCUAGGAAUAAUAACAGUCUCUUAAGAUCUCUUAAAUGUGGUACCAAGUCGUUGGCUUGCAUACAAAUUACCAUCUUGUAACAAUUAAAAAUUAAUCACUAGUUAGUUAUCUUCUUAAUUAACAAGAUAAACAUGGUGAGUAGGGAAAGAGGAAUGGCAGCGUUGUGUCUUGGUCAUUUUCAAGCUAGUCUAUGUAAUUAGCUGAGUAAACGCCCAAGGUUAUGAGAGGGGGGGUUAGAGGGUGCACUUAGAGGGUUGAGUAAAGAAAAAUUGCAGUGCAAAUAUGCAGGCAGGCAGGCAGGCAUGGAUUGGGAUUGGGAUUGGGGUGGUAGUGGGUUCAUGGGAUCAUUAAAUAAUUCGUGUUGGGCAAGGUUAUUAGCGGAAUGCGGGUGUAUAAAAGGUGGAUGAACUCAGAAUGAAAACUUUCAAGUAUAGGAACUAUUGUUUAUGAUUGUUAAAAACAAACGAUUGACAAGAUAAAUGUUUAUAAAAAUGAAAUAUAUAUUUUUAGAGUAUAUAUAGUAUAGUCAUGCUAGUAUAUCUCCUAAAUUGACAACUAUAAAUGCCAGAUUUCCCUUUUUAUAAGUUUUCUUUCAUACAUAAAUAAAAUUUUCAAUGAGAAUUGUGAUUUCAAAGGUUAAUAUUGAUGCAAUAUUGAAGAAGUUGUUAAGUUAAGUUACUUAUAAAACCAAAUACUAGACAUAUAGUGUAAUCCCUAACUUUAUUAUUCACAUUUUAUUAUGUUGUCACAACAGUUCUUCCUAGUAAAUGUCUUAUUCAUAAAUAAGGUUGACGCAUUAGUAGUAGUAUCGUUUCCGUAACUAUUUUUGCUUUUUGCUUUAUAGAGUUUUUCAUUAAGCCGGGAAUUCCCUUUUUUCUAAAAAGCUCCCAUACACCUUCUCAAAGCCCAUUUAUCACCCAACCAUCUCAAAACCCAAACCAAUCGAUUAUAAAAUCGGAUUUUAGCUUCCGCUUCCAGUAGAGUAUUAAGAAAGCUAACAUAGAAGGAAUUCAAUUUAUCAAAAAGUAUUUAGGUUAUAUGAACUAGAUGAUAGGCUUGGAGA